AUGGAGGAGAUUAGCUGGAACCACAAAUGGGACUUUCUGUUGUCCUGGUGCCAACGUAUUUCUUGGCAUCUACGAUAUGUAAAAGGGAUGAUAGGGGAUACACCUGGGCAAUGUUUUGAAGGGAUACAGGUGCAAUUACCAGGUUUUAAGUGUUGGAAUGUCGGAGAAUACCAAGAAGUUUGUGAGACUUUGGGACUGUUAGCUGCAGUGGCUCACGUGGACAAUAAUUUGUGGAAGAAAUUGCUACUUCAGUGCACCGAUCUGGAGAUCGACAACCAAGAAGAAGGAUAUGAAGGAACUUUGAUGCCCCGGUUUCAACUUGCAGUCAUUGAUAAUGGACCGGACAAUGACUACCACCUUUUGAGGGGUAUCAUGAAGUUCUGUGGAACGGAUCAGUACAUCAGUCGAAGUGCAGAAUACAAGGAAGUUCUAGCUAAAGUUUUAGCUAUGAACAACAAGAAGUCGUGUACUAUGUUGACAGAGAUUGAAAUUCCAAUUACGGUGCAGUUGGGCUCAUGGUUGACCUCCAGUAGUAAAGAUAUGCUUACGUAUCUUCGAAAAUUACAAGAGACGGUUAGGAUGAUUCGGAUGCAGUGGAAGGAAUACAUUAACCGAGACCAAUCUUCCUUGAGUGCUGUGUUUGUACUGGAAUCCAUCACAGUAGACUUGCGCAGUUGUAGCAUCAGCACUGAAUUGGCCGAGAUUGUUAUGAGUCUGGCUCGUGACGGAAUCCGAGUGUCGGAGUUGGCGUUGAGAGAAGAUGGACUUUGGAGAGCACUUGCGUCCAACGGCAGUAUAGAGGAAGCUCGGGUCACUGUUGGGAAAUUAAUGUUUGGUCUGUUUGGCGGCGCAAAGACGACGGAAUGGGAGGAUUUUGGGUUUGAGACUACGAGUAUUACUGGACCUCUCGUGGCCGAAUAUGGGUACGCUAACCAACUUGCAUCCAGCUUCGUGCACUUUGACUGUGAAGUGAUGCAGAAAUGGGUUUUUGAGCGGAUGUGCUCAGCGGUGGUGGUGAAUCAAACAACGAAGCAUCUUUCGCUAGAGAUGAAUGAUGGAGAAAGCAACGAUGACGACGGAGACUCGGUGCUUCGUUGCUGGAUGUGGCAAUGGAUCAUUUUUGCUUGCUUCUCGGAGAAAGCUCGCCUUCAUUCGCGGCUAGAAAGUCUUGCUCUUCAUAAUGUUGUGAUUACAAGUGAAGCAGUUGAGUCCAUGGCUGCGGUGUUAGCAGCAGAGGGUCCAGAAGAAUCUUUGCUUGGCUAUUCAAGUUGUCCAUCUGAUGCAUGGAUAGAUCUUUGCAUCAAAGCAGGAUCACCAAUCGAGUUGUUAUCGGUUCGAAGGGAAGAACCUCUCUGCACAGAUCGAUGGUUUACAUUGGAUAGAGAGAUCACGGGAGUGACGCAAAUGAUUGAAACCGAUGAAAACGAUCGUGCAAGUGUCCUUGUUCCUGGGUUUGGGAGAUGUCGCGUGAAACGUACCAACUUGGUAUACAGAGAGCUCACUCGACCUUCCAAGAGCCUAGCAGGUAUCACAUCGUUAGCGAUCAAGUUUAGUGAAGAUCCAGAUCCAGCCAUCCUGCAAGGCUUACUACUACUUGUUGGUGUCUCACUAACACAUCUUACUCUCGAGUUCAAAGACAUUUACACCAAUGAACUGGAAGGCAUCGUAGCAACCUGUCCGAAUCUCGUCGAGUUAGCUGUGAGCACACGAACAACAGAAAUGCGCUUUUGCUUCCGCAAUAGCAACUUCCGCAACUUGACCGUACACUACGAGCCCCAUCUUUCUGUCCGAAAUGUACAAGGAAUAGCUGAAACACUCUGUGAUCACAAACAUCCACUAACCAAGUGUGUAAGACGUCUGCGAGUUCGCCUGAACAAGAGAGCCGACUCGGAUCAAUGCUACGCGGCAUUAUUAAAAUUACUCGAAAAGAAUCGUACGCUCGAGUAUCUGGACAUUGUCGCUCAACGGUCCCAAACGACGGAUCAUAACGCCUUCCAGACGCACUAUAACAACUUUAAAACGCACCAUCUCGAGUCACUACCUGUGACAAAAACUGCUUUCUCUAUGGAUUGCAAAGUCGCUUUUUUAAGCGUCCUAAGAGCUCAAGCACCUCCAAAACUUGUAAACAAGAAACAAAAGAAAACUCCGUCACUGCUGCCUGUACUUGAUCAAAACGUGCUCAGUAGCAUAUUUGAAUACGCAGCACCACACGUGAUCCGCCGAGUGUACUUCCGUGAGUAUAAUUUCUUCAAGACAGGGUUCUUGUAUACACCGAUUUGA